GGAUGGACAAUCAUACCACAGUGAGCACAUUCCUUCUGUGGGGAUUUUCCAGUUUCCCAGACGGGCAAGAUCUCUCCUUCGUGAUGAUUUUCUUCUCUCAUGUGACCAUCCUGGUUGCAAAUGUGUCCAUAAUGGUGGCCAUCAAGCUCAGUCACAAUCUUCACACCCCCACGUACUUUUUCCUCUGUGGUUUGUCCUUUUCAGAAACCUGUACCACUAUGGUCAUGCUAGUGGACUUGCUAUCAGAAAGCAAGACCAUUUCUCUUCCUGAGCGUGCCACACAGAUGUUUUUCUUCUUUGGCUUGGGAGCUAACAACUGCUUACUCUUGGCUGCCAUGUCCUAUGACCAUUACACUGCUAUUCACAACCCGCUGCACUACACCAUCUUGAUGACCCAAAAGAUCUGCUUUCAGCUCAUGACCGCUUCUUGUGUUACUGGGAUUGUGGUGUCACUGUGCGUUGUCCUUGUAGUAUUCAACUUGUCGUUCUGUGACUCCAGCACCGUCAAGCACUUUUUUUGUGACAUUACAUCUGUAGUCUCCCUUGCCUGGGAUUACACCUUUUUUCAGAAAAUGGUUCUUCUUGCCUUCUCUGCCUUCGUUUUGGUGGGGAGCUUUAUUUUCAUUAUGAUUUCCUGUGUCUUCAUUGGGUCCAUAGUUAUGAGGAUGCCAUCUGCCCAGGGGAGGUAUAAGGCCUUCUCAACUUGCUCCUUCCACCUCACUGUGGUGUGCAUACACUGUGGAUUUGCUGACUUUGUCUAUCUGAGACCCAAGGACGGUGACUCAUUCCGUGAAGAUGUGCUGAUGCCUGUGACAUAUACAGUACUGACACCUCUGCUUAAUCCCAUCGUUUACAGUCUAAGAAACAAAGAAAUGAAAAUAUCCCUAAAGAAAGUACUAGGCAAUAUAUGUAGGUUUUCCCCUAGAUGGUAA